AUGAUUGGCAUGGUGCAGCAGGUGGAAUCACGAAUCAUCACCAUUUCCAGUGUCAGUCUCUUGCUGACGCUCUCCAAGUGGUGCUCUUUGAGUGAUGUCUAUGGCCGCAAGUUGCUCUUUCACAUUGGCCUGGUAGGAACAGCAAUCUUCAUCUGUCUCAAUUGGUUCGCUGCCAGUCGCUACAAUUUUCUUGGAUACUAUGUGUUCUACCUUGAGGCGGUCAGCUUUGCCAUGAUCCCUGCCGCGGCGGUUCUCAAUCCUGCCAUCUUUGCCUACUGCGCCGACUGCACGCAGAAAAGUCGAAGGGCGCUAACAAUGGGAUACCUCAUCGUCACACUGGCUAUUGGAAACAUGGCUGGAGCCGCCCUUAUGACGCACAUCGAAGAAACGACAGGAGACUUUACACUGAUACUCAGGAUCGCACUUAUUGUCAUCGCGCUCAUGGCCAUCUACAUGACUUUUGUGCCCGAGUCCUUGAGAAGGAAACCCAUCCCGCUACCAUAUUUGGUGCCUCAUCAAGACGAAAGUGAGCAUGGAACAGAGGACACCGCCUCACUGCCACCCCGCUCAUAUUUCUGGACUAUUGUCGGCUUUUUCAAUGAGGGCACAUCGAUGAUCUUUGACCCAAUGCUGGCGAUACUCCCUGGAAGAAUCCCCAAAUCAGCUAACAUGGCCUCAAGCGCGACACUAUUACUCAUACUGCUUGCGCACUUUCUCGUGGGCCUUGGAAGCUACGGCGAAAUCAAUCUGGUAGUCUCGAUGACAGGCUUGGUCUUUCACUGGGAUCUUAACGACACUAAGCGGUACCAAACCUUCACCUCGUUGGCCACGACAGUCGUGCUUCUAGGACUCUUGCCGCUCUGGAAUGCGGCCUACAAAGCAUUUGUUAUCGACGACACUGACGAUCGAAUGCAACCUGCGGCCCAUCAUGACUGGAUCCAGCACUCUCCUCAACCUACUCCAACUCGCCCUCUGUCCGACCUUGAGGCGAUCAAAAUGGAUUUGUUCUUCUCCAUCUGCAGUCUACCUUUCGUCAUCGUGGGCUAUAUUCUCAUCCCGUUAUUUCCUACGCCUACAAUCCUCUAUUUUGCGGGAGGUUUGAAAACGAUCGGCGCGAUUUCUUUCGUCGCCGUGAUUUCAUUGUUGUCCUCGGUCGUUCCCAACCACCUCGUAGGGGCCGUUUUUGGUGCCUAUAGCAUCUGCGAAGAAUUGGCCAACAUUGUGUUUAGUCUGACUUAUGAGUUCUUGUACGUGAAGACCAAGGCGACUUUGCCCUUGCUCUAUUUCUAUGUCUCUGCAGGGUUGGCUACUUUAGUUGUCCAGGCUUGUGUGUACUACGACGUACGUGGAUAG